AAUUAGAAAUUAAAACUAAGGAUAAAUUUAUCAAACCUUCUAGAUUUUUUAAAAAACAUUCAUAAUUUUUAAAAGUGAAUUUAUAGUGUAGAUAUUACGUAAAGGAAUAUAUGGUAUAAUCAAACAAAAUUAUAAAACUGCAGAUAAUGUGUAUAUAAUACGCGAUAAAAUUAUUUACUAUUAUUUAUUAUUAAUAAUUUAAUUAUUAGUAGUAAGAAAAACAGCUGAUAAAAACACUCAAUGUAUUCCUAUUCUGUAACGAGAAAGAGAGAAGCAAUCAGGGAUAAUCGAUGGUAAUAUUAUCCAGAAGUUGGUUCGCACAGCGAGAGAAGCUAUCCAAAAUUGCAUAGAAUCGAUCUCGCGUGUAUGCGCGUCGAUUGUUUUCAUUGUUCCAAGUAUAAUGGCUGCGCUCGAAUGAAACGCGGAUCUCUACCUUCCUCUCGUCGCAUACCAAGCGCAAGCUGGUCCCGGGCUUGUCCAAAAUUCUAGUGCUCGCACAACCGCCUCUCUCUCUCUCUCUCUUUCUCAAAUGACCGAACAGAUCCGCUUUGUUGUCGGACGCAUCGAUGUAGCAGCGAGAUACGUCGAGGUGCUCGGUGUCGCUUCAGGACAGAAAUCGUGUCAACGAAACCUGCUAGUGCCAGCAGCCGAAGAAUAGCGUGCGAAGAAACGAGACUAGAGCGUAUCAAGAAAUUCUCUUGGUGAAUUUUAGUGAAGCGUCUCCCGUGGAUAUAUACGCACACAACACGCAGGAAGACUGCUCAAUCAACUGCCCGUCCUCGAGAGGGGGGUCAGUGAUGAAGGGUCGAUGAAGAAUCACUUGGCAUGGCCACGCGACUCGGCACCCGAAACUCGGAGGUGAACGCUCUCGAGCAGCGGGGCUAUCUCAUCGGCAAAAAAAUCGGACAGGGUUGUUAUGCGACCGUCCACUUGGCAGAGUAUAUCGAUGGAACAAAUUCCAAGAAGAUGCGUCUGGCCUGUAAGAUCUUUGACAAGGAGAAGGCGCCGCACGAUUUCUUGGACAAGUUCUUUCCCCGCGAACUCGAGAUUUUAACAAAGAUAGAAAAUCCGCAUAUUAUUCAAGUGCACAGUAUCCUGCAACGUGGCCCGCGCGUCUUUAUCUUCAUGCGCUAUGCCGAUAAUGGCGAUCUGCUGGAUUUUGUGACAAACAACGGCGUAGUGCCGGAACAACAAUCGCGGCUAUGGUUUCGUCAAAUGGCAUCCGGCUUGCACUAUCUACACAGCAAGAACAUCGCCCAUCGUGACCUCAAGUGCGAGAACAUAUUACUCUCGCGCAAGUUCAAUGUGAAACUGGCAGACUUCGGUUUUGCCAGGUUCUGCGUGAACCCCGAGGGCAGGCGAGUCCUCAGCCACACUUACUGUGGCUCGGCUGCAUACGCCGCGCCGGAGAUCGUCGCCGGCACCCCGUAUAAUCCGAAAUUGGCGGACGUAUGGUCGCUUGGUAUCAUCCUUUUCAUCAUGCUCAAUGCCAGAAUGCCGUUCGACGAUGCGAAUCUACGGAAACUUCUCAAGGAUCAAAUGUCACGCAACUGGGUGUUCAGAUCGCGCGUCCGCGAUACCGUGUCCAUGUUGGCCAAAAGCAUUGUCCGGCAGAUCCUCGAGCCAGACAUCACCCUCAGGCUGACUCUCGAGAGAGUGUUAGGUCAUGAGUGGAUGAGAGCGAGGAAGGAGAGAACGAGCUCACUCGCCGGAAGGCUUGUCCAUUCAGCGCCGCCAAGUCAUACUCCGAUGUGCGGAGGUGGUAACCUGAGCGGAUCAGGUGCAAGAACCGGGAAUAUACCUGUCACAGCGAGGGCACUCUCUUUAAGGAAAGAUUCGAAAAAUCAGCCGUCCUCAAAGACGAUAAAUAUCUCAGGAAAAAAUCCGCAACUGUCUAUUACUGUUGGAUAAGUCAAAGAUCUGUGAACAUUUCAAGAUACACAAUUAGAAAAACAGAAGAUUAUACAAGCUAAUAAUUUCUCAAAUUCAAACAUUUUUGAAGAUAUUUACACUAGUCUUUAUACUAGUAUUUUUUCAAUUUCUUAUUGCUUACAGUCAAUGCGUAUGUGCAAACUUACACGGAUGUUGAUAAUGUAUUGUAUUACUUAAUAAAAAAACAAAAUCCAUAAUUUUGUAAUUUGACAUAAAUUUUUAUCCAAAAAUGUAUGAGGAAAAUUUAAUUGAUUAACGACAUGCAAUAAAUGUUAUUAUAUAAUUCAUUUACUAUUUAAAUAUCUAUAAAUUGCAGCAAAAUGAACCCUAAACUGUUUAUUGUAUAUAAUUGUUGUAUAUUUUACAGCAUGAUGGAGAAUAAAAAUUGAAAAAUCUGCCAAAUGUAUUAAUAAUAAUAUUUAUUAUACAGUUACUGUCUAUUAAUAUACAAAACUAUAAUCUUUUUUUUUGUUACAUGUACAUAUAUAACGCAGUACCUCUUAUAGAUGUAAUGUAUAUAACGACGUAAAAUAUACUUUUCUAUACCUAAUUUACAUUACAAUAACAAAUAAUUUAUACACACGAUUUCUUGCGUUAUAAAGUCGAAUUCGUAUUCGAUGUAGCACCUUGUGACACUAAAGAGGACAUAAACACACACAUUAUAAGAGAGAAAGGAUUAUAAUCACUCAUUUAAAUGUUAUGCAGUAUAAAGGAACCUACUAUUGAAAACAAUUUUUUGAUUAAAUAAAAAUCGAUACAUUUCUUUGUUAUGUAGAGCAUUAUCCUAAUACACUAUGAUGUUUCGCAGGUUUUCUCAUUUAUGCGUGUUCGACAUAUUCGUUUAUUAGUUCAUCUAGUAUUAUUCCUUCUCAAUGGCAGAUUUUUCAUGAGUAGAAAAAGUUUUGUAUAAAAGUAUAAUUUGUCUUUGUAAAAAAUAGAGUUUUGCAGACGUCUAUUUAUAAAACCAUUAGAAAUAUAUGUAGAAAACGGAUUCUCUUUUUUUUUUCAUGGAAAGGAGGCUCUGAUUUCAAUGAUUGUUAAUAUGUGUUGGUACUUUAUAAAAUUAAAGUGCUCUGGUCAAGGGGUAGUAAAUAAAUCUUCAAGUAGCCUCCUGUCAAAUAAAAAUAACUAUAAUCGUUAAAACUCUCGCUAAAACGUAGAGGGGAUAUAAUAUUCUAUUUACAGCAUACAGCGUUAAAAUAUGUGAUAUAUAACUACGAUCAGAUUUAAAUAUUUUUACAAAUGUCAACCAGCGUGCAGACGUUGAACAGAACGUGACGUAUGUUGAUAAACCAGCAAAAUGUAUUUUAUCAUCGUUUUUAGAAUAUGUUAGAACUUAUUACAAUUUCUUUCUUUUUUUUUUU